AUGACUUCACUACAGCGAGGCGCUCCUCCCAAGGCCAACAUGGCCGAAUUCUACCAGCAGAUGGAGAAGGGAUAUGACACGGCGAAGUCGACGCGCAAGAUUUAUGCCGAGAGCACCGAGUCGCUCGUUGGGUGGGUCAGGAAGCAGUGGUACCAGUAUGUAUACACUGCAGCACUUCACAUCCAUACUAACAGAGCAGGUACUGCGAUGUUGUCGGGAAACCACCAAUCGAAACCCUCCGCGCGAUGUCGAUGCCUACUCUGCACUGCUUCUUCCACUGGCUCCUCACCAACCGCCCGAACAUCCGACGUACUGCUUCCGUGCAGACGUAUUGGAACGUCCUGUGCAUUGUGCGCAAGACAGUGACGGGAGAGCAGUUUAUCGAUCAAGUCAUUAAGAGCCAGAUGCACGGGGUAAGCAUUUAGUCUGCUACUCAAAGACAGGGAUAAGGAGUUGACGUAUCGGAAAGUACGCCAACGUCUGGCGGAAGAGUUCAAAAUUAGCAGCGAGAAGAAGCCAAAGCCCAUCGUCCGCGCCGAAGACGAGUUCGAGCUGUUGAAGACACUGUGGACGUCUGCUGAAGUGACGCUAGAUCACGAGCGUCAGCGCGCACAACUUGCGCUAUUGUUGCAGCUAGCAGGGAUCACUGGCAAUCGUCCUGGAGCUCUUCUGGCCCUACGCUACGAAAAUCUCAAGGUGACGCUGCUUCGUGAUCCGAACGGGACCGACCGGCCUAGAGUGUUGCUCGAGUUUACUUUCAAGGACACGAAGAGCUAUCUUGGCCGGAAAGAUGCGUAUGUCUACUGAGCGCAAGUACCAAUGACGCUGUCACUGACUUGGUGCAGAAACACAUUCCCCGUACCCGACAUUCCGAGCGAGCCCUGCCUGUUGCUCUGUCCACAGAUUAUGCUGCUCGGUUUAAUCUUCGCUGACGAAGCAUUUGCUGCACCGAGUCUGGUUGGUCCAGAACAGCUCUUUAGCUUGCGCAUCCGUCGCGGUCGCAAUCAACAAGAGCUGCCGUUCAAAGAAGGCAUCCGUAGUAUGCCCUUGUUCCGAAAGGUUGAACGACAGGUGCAUGGUCUCUCCCUAUCUUCCGCAGCAGCGACCGACGAUUGGCUUCGGAAGAGGCUGUGUACACUCUCCACAGUCACGGGGUUUGAAUUCCUGGUUGGUCCAUAUUGUUUUCGCCGAGGUAACGGCGAAGCUCUUGACAGCAGCAGUAAGUUCUUCCGCACGCGUGCAUUGCGACUAGCUGAUUCGUAUAGGUCACAUUAGCGACUCACAGCGGAAUCUGAUAUUGCAGCAUGCGAAUUCGCUCGUCUUUCAGCACAACUACCUCUCUCAUUACAUAACACAAGACACGCACGCAGCAUAUCGAGGCUUGGAGCCACAGUCUUCCAUCAUGAGGGUCGCAAGUGGCAUGCUCCGCAGCAUAGACACCCGCCGCCCACGGAAGUUGACGGAAAGUCAGGCCAUGGACGUGAACCAGCACCCCGAUGUCAGAGUGCUGUCCAGAAGAAAGAGACGUCUGAGAAAACAAAUAAAUGACACGUUGGGUACCGUCACGAGCACCAAAGGUACUCAGGCGUAUCAGCUCUUCAAACAAAUAGAGAGGGAUCUGCGCAGCACCAAACGAGCAGUCGCGCGCAAAUUGCUCGUCGAUAGCCAAACGCGCUUUCGCGAGACGCAGCCAGUAGCGGACAUCGAGGCACAACUGGGCCAUGGCUCGGACGGGUCUGUCACUGCAGAACGAGCGAUUGACCAGCCCGAGCAGCCCACCGCUGAUAAGUUGAGCAUAGAGCGGCGACGUGUGGUUGCAGCACUGCUUACAUUCGCUACUUCUGACCCUCAAGAAGAAAACGUCAGACGCUCGGAAGCUAUUAACGCCGUCAGCGCGCUCUGCAGGCGCCAGGAACGACGAGCGCGUCAGGUAUGCCAACCAAAGGGUCGCGUCAAGAUCGAUGCAGAGAGCCAUAGUCAGCGAGAUGACUAUCCGGUCACCUGUCGGCCGACUCAGUGCAUAUUUUGUCUAGGCAACGACGCACUUCAGCACGAGGAUCGCCAAAAGAGCUUUUGCAGAAAGCGUGACCUUAAGAAGCACUUCGAACGCAUGCAUCUGAGACAUCUACCGGACGCAACGCCGAUCGAAUGUCCCCAUCCUCGCUGCUCGCAGAUCUUUGAACACAAGCUUCACCUCCAGAAUCACGCUGCGACUAUUCACGGAACGUUUACAUAG